GACAUUGCCCGCUUUUUGCCUGGUAUAAAUUCCUUUUGCUUCGCCGGCACUUUCGUCCCCAAGAUUUGACCUCGGAAUUUCCCCCUUUCCUCUUCAAACGUUCAAACGAAAGCAGACAAGACCCGUUUGCUUGAACAAGCGAAAUUCUUCACGGCGGCCCUCAUUUUGCACGAUGGAUUCAGAUUGAUGUCACAUCCUCCUCUUCUGCUUUGAAUACGGUCUUUUUUAACUCGUUGACGAGCCCGGAAAUGGGUGGCGUUAGGUGGGCCGGUGCUGUGUUGGCGGCAAUCUCGCGAUUUUAAAAUGAACAUGGUGGGAUUGAGCCGCGGGUGGCUACAAAGUUUAGAGAAUCGAAUGAUAAGUGGUAGAGCUUGGAGAGUUGUUGGGCCAGGAUAAGUCUCUGGUGUUUUUGCAUAAAAAGACCGAGGGUGUGAGGUUAUUGCCAAGGAACGAUGACGGUCGACAGAGUUAAGGCCGUGGCGCAGAAGCAUGUGUUGGUCGGUGUUCAACUCGACGGCCACAGCAGAGAGCUACUGAGCUGGGCUCUGGUGAAAGUGGCUGAACCGGGAGAUAGAGUACUUGCUAUCCAUGUUUGUCGAGAUGAUGCUUCGCAAGAUGGGUCCAUGUUGGAUGACUACCUGGAGGUUUAUGAAGGUUUAUGCAAUGCAAAGAAGGUGAAUCUCUCAGGCCAGCUACUGCGAGGGACCUCGUUCAGGAAGGUCCUGGUGAGAGAGGCCAAGAAUUACGCUGCCGUGGCCCUACUUGUAGGGAUUGACAAGCAAGGUGCUCUCGGGGUACAUACUGGGACGGCCAAAUAUUGUGCCAAGCGGCUGCCAUCUUCGACCGAUGUGCUGGCCAUCCAUAACGGGAAAAUAGUCUUCAGGAAGUGCACUAAUAUUCGGCUUCCAGGACUCAGAGGAGAUCCUAGACCCAGUUUUUGUCAAACAGGAAGGGCCGACGCUCAAGAAACCUCCUCUGAAUUUGGUGAUUCUGAAGUUGAGUCCGAAAUUUCAACCAUGGAAAUGAUUCAGAGCUUCAGAGAGGAAUGGCGUUCGGGUUAUAAAGAUGUGAAGAACGGUGUUGCACACGAAAAUAGGAUAAUUCUCUCAAGAUCAGCUUCUGAACUUUCUGGAAGCCGCUUGGAGCAGAGACCUGGUUGGCCCUUGCUAAGGAGAGCUACUUCUGAUUCUCCACGGACUCUGAACGGAAGGAGUGUUUCUGUGGUUCAGUGGGUCAUGAGCCUGCCAGAUAGGUCUAUGUACCUGAAUUCUCUGCACCCAGAUACCAGAGAGAGCCCACCACAGAAAUAUCCUACCGAAACUGUGGAUAUAAGCCAUAAAAGUAGUUCACCAGCAGCAAGCAAGCUACUGAAACAGAUGGAGCUUUUGUUGAGAACGAAAUCGUCUGAUUGUGAAUUGUUUGAUUAUGAUGCUCUUAGAGACUCGACUUCGCAGUUCUCAUCAGAGCAUCUGAUUGGGAAAGGCGGCUCAAACUGUGUAUAUAAGGGUACUCUUCCAGAUGGAACGAUGAUGGCAGUAAAGGUUUUGAAGUCAUCGGUUGAAGCUAAUUUGAGAGAUUUUUUGCUGGAGAUGGACAUUAUCUCCUCGAUAAAGCAAAAAAACAUCACUCCCCUUCGUGGGAUCAGUGUCCAACGUAACAGUUUAAUAUCCGUUUAUAAUUUCCUUUUCCGCGGGAGCUUAGAGGAAAACCUACACGGUGAUGGAAGAAACAAACAUGCACUGUCAUGGCCUGUAAGGUAUAACAUUGCCUUGGGAGUUGCAGAAGCCCUAAAUUAUUUGCACAACGAAUGUGCUCAGCCUGUCAUUCAUAGAGAUGUCAAGACAUCAAACAUUCUUCUCACGAAUGAGUUUGAGCCGCAGUUGUCUGAUUUUGGGCUUGCUAUAUGGGGACCGCCAGGUUCGGCUUUUCUGACCAAAGUCGAUGUAGUUGGAACAUUCGGGUAUCUUGCUCCGGAAUACUUCAUGUACGGCAAAUUAAGUGAUAAGGUUGAUGUCUAUGCUUUUGGUGCGGUGUUACUCGAACUAUUAUCUGGAAGAAAACCAGUAAGUUCUGAUGCUCCCAAGGGACAAGAAAGUUUGGUCAUGUGGGCAAAGCCCAUCAUAGAGAGUGUGGAUGCAAGAAGCAUUCUGGACCCAGAUCUUGGUGGACAUGUCGACGAGGUUCAAGUGCAAAGAAUGGUUCUUGCAGCUAGACUUUGCAUCACACAGUCAGCUAGGCUUCGCCCUAACAUGAACCAGAUUCUGAAGAUCCUAAAUGGGGACGUUAAUGUUGACGAGUGGCUCGAUUCUAAAAGCGACCAUUGGGUGGAUUCAGAAAUUUCGGAUGACAACGACGAUGAAGUUUACCCGAAUUCAAGUGCCGAGUCACACCUGAGCCUCGCCUUGCUGGAUGUUUGUGAUGAUUCUACGUCAUUUAGCAGCACGGAACAGCGCAACAGCAUUUCAGUGGAAGAAUACAUGAAGAGAAGAUGGAGCCGAUCCUCGAGCUUCGAUUGACUUAUGAUGUACAUUGUUACUAGAGGGAAAGGAAAAUCCCUGGUGUAAGUAGUCUCAUAGACGUUCAUUAAAGCGAAAACCAAUUCUGGCAA